AUGCAGCACCCGGGUCGAAGGGCAGUAAUAUGUCAGACUGCACCCCCCGACCCAUCCCAUCCCAGCAUUCCUUCCUCCGCCGAUGCCCGUUUCCUGUUCACAUGUCAGCAUUCAGUCUUCGCCAGAAGAUGUACGAGUCCAUACCUCCCCAAUCCCCCAAUCACCGCCACCAAAACCCCCCAUCACCACCACCAAAACCCCCUCCUCCCAAGACCACCAAACACCACCACCAAUCCUGCCGUCGCCGGGGGCGAGCGCGAAGGAUAUCUCUUCCAUGGGCGUAUCGUAAUUUCAUCGCGCGCGGGGAUGGAACCCUUGCAGACGACUUGGACGUCUGAGCGGCCGGGGGGAGGUCGACUCGGAUCGAGAGGGAGGUUGGGGGGAGAGGACGAUGCAGUGAGGGUGCGACAGGCGCUUGAUUGUGGGCUUGCGAAGAGCAGGGUAGUGAAGGGAUAUGUGGGUAGUGCAGAUGAGAAGGAUGGUUCUUCGCCUGCGUCUCGUGGCAGUACGUACCUCUUGCCCACCCACCCCGUCGUUCUCCAAAGGCCACCGCUGGUCGAUGUUGUCAAGGUCGGCAAGGUGAAGAGUCGCCAGCAUGGUGUGGCUCGCCGGGUGGAACUCUCUGGGGAGAGCGAAGUGGUGUCGUGGACGAUGGUCGAAGAGGAAGAGUCAAGAAGAGGGCGCAUAAGGAAUGAAGGGGAAUUGAGCGUUGCGGGGGAGACAGUUCCUGCCCAGGACGAGCAGUUGGAGGAGAGCUCUCCAGUUAGUCCGUACUGCUUCAGAUCGUUCUUCAAGAUUGAUAUCCAUAUUGAUAUCGUUACCAUCGUUGCCUUGCCGCCUGACAUGAAACGUCGAAGUGACGUUUCUCGCCUGCCUGGCCAAGGUACCCCUGCUGCUGUUGGCCAGUGCACCGCACCGUUUCCAAAAACUCACUUUCUCUUCCGACUUCUUCUCGCCACCAACAACCAUCACACCAUCAUCUUCAUGACCCUCCUAGCGGGAGCUCCCCCUGCUCCCUCGUCAUGUGCCUACCUGUGCCCGCCUGGCACAGGCCAGGCAUUCACAUAA